GCAAAGCGAAUAGCGGUUUCCCUACCGAUGUCUUUCGACGCCCCCACUAUGAGUAUCACCUUGUCUUUGACGCGUUGUCCAUACCGAAAGAGCUCAUCAUCGGCAACGGCAACGAGGUCGGUAUCGCUACUCAGCAUGGUGCGUAUGAAGAGAAGAACAUAGCGCCCACUGGCAAAUGAUGGGCAGGCAGUAUUGAACGGAAGCGGCGGUGACGCUUGCACGUGUUUACCUCCGACCCCUCCUGACAAACAUCGCCAACAGGAAAUGCUGUCUGCGCAGUACGACCAUGGACGCGACUCCAACAGAUCUUUUCGAGUCCUACCACCAGGACUUUGCCCACCUUAUCCAGUCCGUGCGAGGGAAACUCGAGGUUGAGGUCAAGGAGCAGCAAGGAGAGCAACGUAAAGCAACUCUUCGCAAGGUCGAGAUAGACUUAGAUGAAGCAGAUGAUAUAAUAUCUCAACUUGAAGUUGAAAUUCAAGGCAUCCCCCUUUCGAUAAGAUCUCAAUAUAGUGCCCAGCUCAAGCAGGCCAAGGUUGAAUUGAACCGGUACAAAAAACUCUCCAAGGACCUACAUUCACAGGCAUCUCGCACGGACUUGCUAGGCAGCAGUCGUUUCAAGACUACCGCCACCUCGGACGAUCCAUAUGGUGAGGGUAACAACCGGACCAGACUUCUGGCUGGCUCAGAAGCACUGUACGAUGGGAACCGAAGAAUCGCGGAUUCUACUCGGAUUGCACUGGAGACGGAAACACACGGCGCAGAUAUUUUAAGUAAUCUGCGAGUCCAGAGGGAACAGAUUGAGAACACGCGGGACACGCUACACACUGCAGAUAUUUCUAUUGAUCGUUCGUCUGGUACAAUCAAAGGCAUGAUACGACAAAUGUACAAGCAACGGGUUGUCCUUGGCGUCCUGAUCGCGGUUCUUGUCCUCGUCGUCCUCCUAAUCCUUUACUUCAAAUUGAUACGCUGAAUUUCUCGCCCAUGCAUAACUAUCCACCCUCGAACAAUAUAUAUAUUUAUUCAUCUGGUAUUUAUCUUCCACUCAUCUUAAUUGUUUUGGAUUAUAUGAACUGUUCGAGACAUUGCGUUCUUGGCAUACACUAAAUAUGUUAAAUUUUAAACCCUCCAGCCAAAGCCAUAACAUUGUCAGGAUCAACAGAAGCUUUUAUCUGCUUCAUCCUUGCCACAUUGCUUCCGUAGAGGCUUUCCACGGGGGUGUCAAAAAUGGCGUAAUUGGGGUAGACGACGGCACCGACGAUGUCAGACUGACCCUGGCCAACAGCAACAUUGUAUAAAUGUGCUGCACUUUGCCGGAUAGCAUCUUGGAAGGUAUCGUC